AUGAUAAGAUCGUAUGUUGGUAUCUUCUCUGUCUCAGUUCUUUUGACUCAUAAUCCAUCAAAUUGGACUUUCACCUUUACCUCUGUUUAUGCUCCUAUUGAUAGAGAAGAUAAAGCUGUUUGUUGGUGGGAACUUUCCAGAUUACGACAAAUUUUUGAGGGUCCUUGGGUUAUUUGUGGGGAUUUUAAUGCUACAUUAUCAUCUGAAGAAAGGAAUGGCAGAAAAGGCUCUAUAAAGGACAUCAAUUCCUUCAAAUCUUUUGUUUCUUCUAACUAUCUUAUUGAUCUGCCUCUCUCUGGUCGUUCUUUCACUUGGUCCAAUAAUCGUCAGGAUCCUGCGUUAGCCAGAUUAGACAGAUUUCUGGUUUGUGCAGAAUGGGAUAAAAAUCAUCCUUUAAGUUUGCAAUUCUCACCUCCCUCUGUUGGCUCUGACCAUUUUCCUAUCAUUCUGGAUAGUAGAGGCAUAAAACCAAAUACUCCUAUGUUCAAGUUUGAAAAAAGUUGGUUUCAUAACAUCACUUUUGUUCCUUUUAUUGAAACUUCCUGGAAAUCGUUUAGUUGUCAAGGGACCCCAGUGGAUAAAUUCAUUACUAAACUUAAGCUUCUAAAAAGAAGAAUUAAGUGGUGGAGAAAGAAUGUUCAUGAAUCCAUCUCUUCUAGAAAAAAUACUCUGUUAUCUAAAAUCCAUUCUAUUGAUCUUAUUGAAGAGCAAAGAUCUUUAUCCCCUACAGAAUUAGAUGAGAGGAAAGCUUUUCAAUCUUCUUUUGCUUCUAUCAUCCAAGAAGAAGAAUCUUAUUGGCAUCAAAGAUCUCGUAUUCAAUGGUUGAAAGAAGGUGAUACUAAUACAUCCUUUUUUCAUAGAACAGCAUCCACUCAUAAAAGAUCAAAUCACAUUGUUGCUAUUAAUCACAUGGGUUCUGAAAUUGCUGACAAAGGGGAAAUAUCUAAAGUUUUUUAUGACUUUUACCACAAUCUUUUUGGACAAGAAAACAAUAGCAACAUAUUAGCUCCAUAUAUGAAUGACUUGGUUGCUCCUACACAAUCAGCUUUCCAAUCUGGAAAAUCAACUCUUGACUCUAUAGCUGUUGCAAAUGAAAUGAUUCAUUUUUGUUCUAAAAGGAAGAAGGAUGUGGCCAUGGUCAAGAUUGAUUUUGCAAAAGCUUUUGAUUCUAUUAACUGGAACUUCCUUAUUAAUUUACUUAAAAUGAUCAGACACAAUGUGGAAGAGGGUUUAUUAUCCAACCUUGGAAUUAAGGAACCUCUCAACCAAAUUAGGAGCCUCCAAUUUGCAGACGAUACUCUUCUUUUUGUCAAAAGUACCAAGAAUGACAUAUCCAUUCUAAAGGCAAUUUUAUAUAUUUUUGAAGAUAUCUCAGGAUUGGGUAUUAAUUUCUCCAAAUCUUCUCUUAUUUACUUCGGUAAUUUGCAUAAUAGAGGACAAACUCUUGCUGCUGCCAUGAAUUGCAACCUUGAUCAUCUUCCUAUUAAAUAUUUAGGAUUGCCUCUAAAGUAUGGUAAAUUAGCAAAAUCUGAUUGGCAACCUAUGUUGGAUAAUAUGUAUAGGAAACUUGCUUCUUGGAAAAGUUCUUGUUUAUCCUUUGGUGGUAGACUUGUUUUGCUCAACUCGGUUCUUUCAUCUAUUCUUUUAUAUUAUAUGUCUUUCUACAAAUUACCAUCAUGGGUGAUUAAAGAAGUGGAUAAAAUUAGAAAGAAUUUCCUAUGGACUGGCAAAAAUAUUUCAAGACCUUUCAAGUGCUUAGCAAAUUGGAAGACAGUGUGUCUAAGUAAAUUUGAGGGAGGAUUGGGUGUGAAGGACCUCAAAAUUUUUAAUAAUGCUCUUUUAUCUAAAUGGUUAUGGAAAUGUCUUGAUAGAGACUCUUUAACUAGAACUCUCUUACAUCAACUUUAUAUCAGAAGAGAUUCUCAGUUGCAAUCAUCUUCCUGCAGUUCUGCAAAUUCUAAGUUUUGGAAUGAUAUCAUAUCAAUCAAAGACUUAUUUCUACAUCUUCUACAAUGGUCUCUUGGUUCUGGUGACAAAAUUAGAUUUUGGGAAGAUAAAUGGACUGGUAGUAACACCUUAUCAAGUCUAUAUCCGAUUUUAUAUAAACUAUCACUGUCUACAAAUGUCAGCAUCUGGUUGCAUACAAAAGAAAAUCUUAUAAAGAAAGGAUGGCAAGGGGAUUCUACAUGCAUUUUAUGUGAUAUAUAUUCUGAAUCUUGUGAACACUUGUUCUUUGAAUGCAGUUUUACCAAAUCAGUAUGGAAACAUUUUUGUGAGUACUACCUUCCUUUCAUAUGGCCAACAUCUUUAUACGAACUCCUCAAGUCUGUUGAAUCUCUUCGUUACUCUGAUGGGGCUUUAUGGAGAUCAAUUUUCACUGCAGUGUGUUGGAGCUUAUGGACAUCAAGAAAUAAAUUUAUUUUUGAAAAUUCUUUAUUCUCUGCUACUUCUGUCAUCAACUCAGCGAUUUCUAAUUUACAUGAAUGGUCAGGUUCUGGAAGAGGGAAGAAAGCACUUAAGCUAGCAGCGGUUUUAGAAGAAAGACCAAUCUUGCGGAGCAACAGUAUUUAG